CAACCUUCCUCCACCCCAUUCGCACCUCUCUCAGCAUUGUCAACAACCCCAUCCAACCUCAACUACAAGCAAAUCUCGAUACUCAAACACACUCAGUGUCGUGAACCUUGACGAGAGAGCACGACGUGACAGGGCUGUGCUACAAUGCACAUCAAAACGAUCACCAUCCAGGGCUUCAAGUCCUAUCGUGACCAAGUCGCCGUUGAUCCAUUCUCUCCAGGACACAACGUCGUUGUUGGUCGCAAUGGGAGUGGAAAGUCCAACUUCUUCGCGGCCAUCCGCUUCGUCCUCUCCGAUGACUACCAGAACAUGAACCGAGAGGAGCGUCAGCGCCUCCUUCACGAGGGAACGAGCACUACGACGACCCUGUCCGCCUACGUCGAGAUUGUGUUCGACAACAAAGAUGGACGCUUCCCUACUUCCUUGGAUGAGGUCCAUCUGCGACGAACAAUCGGUCUGAAGAAGGACGAGUACUCGCUGGAUCGCAAGAGUGUCACCAAGGCUGAGGUCUUGAACCUCCUCGAGAGCGCUGGCUUCUCCCGAAGCAACCCCUACUACAUUGUACCUCAAGGACGCAUCACCCGACUCACCAACAUGACCGAUGAGGAGCGCCUGAACCUGCUCAAGGAAGUUGCUGGUACCAAGGUGUACGAGCAGAAGCGUGCCGAGUCGACCAAGAUCAUUGAGGACACGGACAGGAAGCGCGAGCAUAUUGAGUCGCUCCUCGCGACCAUCCAGGAGCGUCUUGGCGAACUCGAAUCCGAGAAGGAAGAGCUCAAGAAAUACCAGAAGCUCGACAAGGACCGCCGCUCUCUCGAGUACACCAUCAACCAGCGCGACCUCGACGAGGUUACCGCCGCACUGGACCAGCUUGAGGAGGACAAGAACCAGGAGAUCCACGUCACCAACGAGCGACACAAAGAGUUCCGCGAUCUGGAAGCCAAGACGCAGCAUCUCGAGGAGGAGUUGACCAAGGCAAAGCACUCGCUUUCAACGGCUUCCAUCUCGCUUCAGCAGUACGAGUCAGAGUUGGCCGACCUCGUCCAGGCCAAGACCGAAGUUGAAUGUGUGAUCGCCGACUUUGAAGCCGCUGGCGAGGCCGGAGAGACCCGGCGCUUGGAGCUCAAGGAGCAGUUUGAGGUUGUCGAGAAGAAGUUAGCAAAGGGUACCAAGCGCCUGGCUGAGGUCAAGGCUGAGCUGGAGACGCGUCUGGCUGAGGAGCGCCAGGCUAGGGAAGCCCUUGAGGGCACUCAAUCCCAACUCGAGGUCUUGUACGCCAAGCAGGGCCGAACUCGCCAGUUCAAGUCCAAGGCCGAGCGCGACAACUACCUCAACCAGGAAAUUACCAACCUGAAGUCAUACGAGAAGCACCUGCAGAAGACCAUCGACAGCUUGAGGAGAGAUCUGGACGGAGCCAAGGCUCAACUUGACGAAGUCGCUGCUAGGUCCGAGGCGCAGAAUCGGGGUGAAGACGAGCGUCGUGACGCCUUAAAAGAGGCAAGCGAGAGCAUCUCUAAGCUCAGGACAGACUUGGACACCAUGCAAGAGAAGCGCAAGGAGCUCUGGCGCGAGGAUGGAAAGCUCGCCCAGUCUGUCACCAACGCCAAGAGUGAGCUCGACAACGCUGAGCGAUCGCUGCAAAGCACGAUGGACAGGGACACGAGCCAUGGACUGCGCGCUGUCCGCACGAUUGCAAAGCGACUCAACCUCGAUGGCGUGUACGGAGCGCUGUACGAGUUGUUUGAGGUUUCAGACAGGUACAAGGCUGCGGUUGAGACUGUAGCAGGCACUAGCCUCUUCCACGUUGUCGUUGACAAUGACGAGACCGCGGACCGUCUGAUCGAGUCUAUGAACAAGGAGAAGAGUGGCCGUGUCACCUUCAUGCCCCUCAACCGGCUGCGGAGUGUCAACGUUCAGUAUCCCCAGUCCGAUGACGCCGUUCCCUUGAUCUCCAAGCUUCGCUUCGACCCUGCCUACCGAAUGGCGUUUGAGCAGGUGUUUGGCCGGACCAUUGUCUGCGAGGACCUCAAGGUUGCCGCUCAAUACAGCCGCUCUCACGGACUCAACGCCGUGACCAACGAUGGUGACCGUGUUGACAGGAAGGGCGCCCUGACUGGUGGUUACCACGACAUUAAGAGGUCGCGUCUGGACGCUGUCCGCCACGCCAAGAAGUGGCGCGAACUCUACGAGAACGACUCGAAGCACUUUACCGAAGUGAAGGACGGCCUUACCCAGCUCGAGCAACAGAUCACAGCGACGAUGGGUGAGAUUCAGCGUCUUGACGCCAAGCGCAAGUCUUUGCUCGAGGACCGCUCCCACCAGGCAAGGCAAGCGAACUGGACUCAGCGUGAGGAGGAGCAAUCGCGCCAGCGUGUGUCGCGUCUGGACACUGCUCUGAUUGAUGCCGAGGGUGACCUGCGUGGCACAACUACCAAGCGCAGAGCUCUGGAGGAGGAAGUCAAGGCGCCUCUUCAGCAGCAACUCUCCCCGGCUGAGGUGCAGCAGUUGGAGACGUUGUCUCUUACUGUGGAGACGCAGAAGCAGGGACUCUUGGAGGCCACGCAAGCUAGGCAGAAGGUUUCUUCCGAGCACAACACACUGGAUAUCGAGCUGAGCGAGAGUCUUCGUCGCAAGCGUGAGGAGAUCCGUCGCAAGCUGGACGACCUUGACGACGCGAGCGGGACGGGUAUCCUGCAGGCCGGCGAGAUUGACCAGCGUAAGGCCGAGCUGCGCAACCUCACUCGCUCCCUCGAGCAGCUGUCGGAGCAGGUUAAGACGACCGAGGAGGAGGUCGACGAGCUCAACGCCGAGAUCUCGAACCGGGCAAGCCAGCUCGACGAGGUCACCAACCAGCAGCUCGAGGCCACCCGAGCGAUCAUGAAGGCGCAGAAGAACAGCGAUCGCAGUCUGGCCAAGAAGCAGACCCUUCUAAGCCGUAAGGAGGAGUUUAGCAACUCGAUUCGUGAUCUUGGAGUGUUGCCUGAGGAGGCAUUCACCAAGUUCACCAGCAAGUCUGCGUCUGAGCUGGCCCACCGAUUGCAAAAGGUUCAGGACGGUUUGCGAAAGUACGCGCACGUCAACAAAAAGGCACUGGAGCAGUACAACAACUUUACCAAGCAGCGUGACGAUCACCUGCAGCGACAGGAGGAACUCGACCGCUCUGCCGACUCGAUCAACGAGCUUAUCCGAACGCUGGACCAGCGCAAGGACGAGGCUAUUGAGCGGACCUUCAGGCAAGUCGCCAACUACUUUGAGGAGGUCUUCCAGCAGCUUGUACCUGCGGGUCGUGGAGAGCUCGUCAUUCAGAAGCGCGCCCCAGGUUACAUUGACGACGAGACUGCCGAGUCUGGCCGUGGCCGCGACAAGAGCGAGAUUGACAAUUACACUGGCAUCUCGAUCCAGGUGUCGUUCAACUCGAAGCAGGACGAGGGUCAACGCAUCAAGCAGCUGUCUGGUGGCCAAAAGUCACUAGUUGCACUGGCAACCGUCUUCGCCAUCCAGAAGUGUGACCCCGCGCCCUUCUACCUGUUCGACGAGAUUGACGCCAACCUCGACCCCCAGUACCGCACGGCUGUUGCCGCCAUGAUUCACUCGCUAUCGCAGUCUGCGCAGUUCAUCACGACUACCUUCCGACCGGAAAUGCUCGUCCAGGCGGACAAGUUCUACGGUGUCUACUUUGACAAGCAAAAGGUGUCUACGAUCCAGACGAUUACGCGCGACGAGGCGUACCAGUUUAUCGAGACUGCUGCAGAGUUGACGACGGCGUAGAGAGGGGUUGGCCAGUGUCGUGGAUCCGGGUGCAUUUAGUUCAUGUCAUGUUGUAGUAGCAGCGCCGCGAUGCAUGCGUGUGUGUGGGUAUCGGUGUCGGUGGCUGGAGCAAUUCUUCAUUAAUGUCGGUAUGUUCGAUUUGUCUUCAAGCUGGCUUCGAGCGAUGCCGUUCGCCUAGAUGCACCGGGGCCACAGUCCUUGGCCGACGAGCUCGUUCACGCCGCCAGCAGUGAGCGCGGCGCGGAGCCAGUCACGCACGUCCUCGACCUCGAGGCCGGCGACACGGAUGAUGCCGCCAGUGUCCGACAGAGACGAGUACGACCACAGGAGACCCGGGGGGCGGGGGAGCUGGAACUGGGACGUGCCGUCCACGACCUUGUCCAUGUGUGCUCUGAGCUGGGCGAAGUGGGGGCCCUCGAGCAGGACCGUCGCGUAGACGUGGUACGGCGCGAGGCGGACCGCUGCAGGGCUGAGCCCAGAGCCGACAUCCCCCGUGUCAUGCGCCCUGUUGUCGAGCACCAUGCGCUCCCGGGCGAUGACCUCGUCGCCGACGACGAUCUCGUUCGUGCUGGAGUAGUACGCCAUGGCCCAGACCUCGUCGUCAGGGACACCUGCCGGCGCCUCUGCGCCCUCCGCCGCCGCGCCGUUGGCCGCCGCCGCUGCCGCCUUCUUCUGGAGGUCGCGCACGCCGCCAGGAGGGCCAGAGUGCAUUGGGGCCGGCGCGCGCGCCCCGCGGCCCGAGUUGACCCAGUCCAGCACGAGGGCGCUCGCGCUCCCAUCAGCGGGGAGCGUCACGCGCUGUGCCUGCGCGUACGAGGAGGCGCGGAACGGGCUGAGCGAGUCGGGCAUGAGGAGCAAGAACGCGCCGGGCUCGAGCGCGAUGUGCAGGCGCUGGCGGGUCGUCGGCGCUGGCCCGUCGCCGGCGCUGACGAUCCGCGAGAUCUGGUGCGACUUGGGCCGCAUGCCCGGGCGGUGCUUGAACACCUUUGUCGAGCCCUGCGUGAGCAGCACGAGGCCGCAGCCGUCGUCGACCUUGACGUCCAGCUGCACCAAGUCGCCGGCGACCAGGCCGCCGCCGUACGCGAGCGAGUAGGCGAGUCGCACGUUCUGCGGCUGGGACGGGAGCGAGUUCGGCGUGAGCAGCUUGAGCGGGUACGCUGCGCGCUGGGUGCUGAAGUGCGCCCGCGGCGCAUGCGAGAGGUGUAGAUGGCCUGCGCCGGGGGGCGCGGCGCUCGGCGUGUCCGCCGCCGUGGUGGAUGUGCUCGUUGCCGCUGCCGCGGCCGCCGCCUUGGCGGCUGCUAGAGGGGUGGCCGUCGCUGUCGCUGGGGACUCGGGGGGCGCCAUCGUCGCUGUCAUUGUCGUUGGGGUUGAGGUGGGUGGAGCAGAGUCAAGUGUGGGAUCGUGGGACUCGAUCGUGUGUGGUGACGGGUGCUG